GCUUUGUGCUUGUGGGCGUGGCUUGAUCUGGCUGGGCGGAGCUGGCCGCCCGAGGCCCUCUCCAUUGUCAAAGGCAGUGGCGGCGAUCGGUCUUCAUUCACUUUUGCCGGCAUUAAAACCUUUUUUUCUCAUAUAUUUUUUUGCAAAGCUGACCCUAAUGAGAUUCUACAAAUGAAUGUGGAGGCCGACAUCGUUCCGUGUGCGGCGGCAGGGGGUGUGUGAUGAUGGCAUCUGGAGCGAAGCGUGGAAAAGGAAGGACGAGACAAACCUUGAAAUCUGUGCCAAUUUCAGAAACAGAGAAAUGCAAGUUUCCCCGUCUUACUAUUGCCAAGGAUGACAAGAUUAUGAAGAUUUCUCAUUCCCCAUAUGAAGACAAACUGAACUUAAAGGAAAAAAAGCGUAAAACAAUCAAAGGUUUGACUAUACUCAAGGGUUCACCAUCUUCCCUGGUGCAACCUACAUUGGGAAAAACAUAUAGAGUGGUGAAGUUGGAGCACGGUCCAUACAGAGAACACAUUGAAGGAGCGUGCCUGGAGCCCGUGUUAGAGCUGAAGAAUCCACCUGUUCAGGAGACUGAUUUCGACUCGGACUGGUCGAUGGCUGAAAAAGAGAACGAGAUCUCCCACGCGUCGGCCAGCAGUGGCGGCAACAGUGGUGAAGGGCGUACGUUUGCGCCCCAUGACGGGCUGGCUAACGACGUCGCGGAUGGGCACCUGUGGCCUGUGAUUGGUAGAGCGUGCCUGUCGGAUGUCACAGCUGAGAGAAGCAGAGCAUUGGAGCAAUAUAUAAUUGAAGAGAUAACUCAGGAACAUGAAGACAUGAUGCAGGUUCUCUCUGACUACCAGCUCAAACUAGAUGCAGCUUUAACCUUCUGGAAACGCAAUCCUGCUGACUUGGUCUCUUAUCUCUUUAGGGUACGUGACCUGAGCGUAGCUGCUAAUUGCAUCGGAAUCAUAACGAAAAGCCUGAAAGAGAACAGAGAACUACAGCCGCUGGGAGCCUGUGUGGAGCUGUUACCACUGAUUGACGCCCUGCUCAACAGCAGAUAUGAACACUACAACCUCACUGCCCUGGAGUGGCUCGAGGCUGUCCUUAAGCAGUGGAAGACAGUGCUGUCUGUAGAUACCAAUGGGAGGGACAACCAAGUGUAUUUUGAUGAAAGGAAUGCCUUGCACUUACGAGAGUGGCUGCACACGAUGACAGAACAAGUGGAUAAACUUGCUUCCUUACCUGGUGACACGGGCAAGGCAGCCAAGGAAAUAUUUACUUCUCUAAAAGAAGAGCUCUGAAACCGUAGACCACACUACUGAAGCUUCCUUUCCUCUGCUGUCUGGAUAUGGAAAUGCCUCCCUGAACACAUUGUCGGCGAAAUCACCGAUUCUAGUCUCCAGGCCUUCAAAUUCCGAGCACAUGGACAUCUCCUAGCUUCACCACACGCCUUGUCGGAGUGAGUCUUUGAGCUGCAGUGGACCAAUGAUUAUGCCGAUUAGUUGCAUUAACGUCUGAUAUGGCUGUUGUUCACAAUUGCGUAAAAGAAAAAAAAAAUAUGGUGUAAUGUGGCAUAUCCAACUCGCUGGAAACUGAGGUACAGGUGGAUAUGUGAAAAGGUCAGAUAUGUGAACCUCUAGAAAUGACAGGUCAUCACAAUUGUUCUGGAUAAAAAAUAAAUAACUUAUUUCGAUGUAAGGAAUGCUCUAUGCUACUCUAGAAGUAAGCAAAUGUACAUGAGAUUUAAUAAUUCAUCGCUUCAUGUGAAAGGUAGGUGUUGUGAACAUCUUUAGAACAUUACUUUUAAACCAAGUACAGUACAUCUCAUUCAAUAGCCUUUUCCUUGGACAACGGAAAACUGCAUUUUCCUUGUGGAAGAGACCCCAUGUCGCCCUCUAUUGGAAACUUUGGGCCUUGUAAGUCAACAUUGUUAUAGUGACAAUCCAUGCUUGGCACCGAUUGGGAAAGUUGGCUGUCAGCGGUUGUUUGCAACGUUAAACCCAGGCAUUAUUUUCCAAACAUUUUGGGUUGUCACUCUCUAAACAUAACAAGAGUUAAAAGUCGGAAUUCUGUCCUAUUCCUGCACCAUAACCUGCAACCAGCAUUAAGUGUGCCAGCAUUUGGCAAGUGGAGGUGGCUAAAUUAUAUGGCAACAGUAAGUUGUGAGCAUGGCCGUCACUAUCUGCUAAACACAAACUCUAUAACAUUUUCUUUUGCACUUAUUUGGUCCAAAUGCCAGAGCAGAAUUAACAGUUGGUUUAGGUGCCAUGUGACAAACAUUCUGCCAGGUUGGGUGGAUGUAUGGCCCUUUGUUUUAUUUAGGAUAUAACUAUCGAUGAAGAAUACUUCGUGAUAUUUCUUUCUGCAGAGGAUGCUGUUGUGAUGCAAUGGACUUGUGAUUUAGAGGUUGCUGGUUCGAUUCAAUCUCCUCGUGUGGCAUUUGAACGCACGAGCAAGUUCUCUUAAAUCCGCCCCCACCUCAGUCCCCACACAGCACAAUGUAAGUGGAUACACCAGUUUGUCGACCAGAAAUAUGCGUGUGGUGGGGUAAUAAUGUGGGUACCUUUUCCCCAAAAAAAUAUAUGGCUAGUGUGGAUGUGCCAAACACCCUCUGGAGCGCCCUCAAAUGGAGGCCUUUCUACCAGGAGUGGCGCAAGCAAGGACAAAAAGUGCUGCACGUUUCCCUUCCACUGGCUAUUCUUGGACAUGGGAUGGGGAUCUGGUAUGCAAGUUAAGAAUGGAUUCUAUGUCUCGUCGUAAACACCCAUAGCACAGUUGGAAGAAAAUGUCUUCUACUUUCCUGUCCAAAGGAUUUUUUUUUAGGGUGGGGGGGGGAGGAUCUGAUAUCUAUUGUACACCCCUCUACUUGACAUCUGUAGAAAAUAGCUUUAUAGUUCAUUGGAUUCCUCCAGUAUACAGAGUGCUCCAAAUCUGAAAAGUUGGGGCAAUAGCUCCACCCCCCACCUCCCCUGUGACUCAACCUGUAUCAACAUUUAUGUAUUUUACAACAAUUGGACUUUGAAGUGAUCUCGGAAGAAACGAAUGUACUCUGUUAAUGUAAUCGUAAAAUGCUUUGCCAGCAGUAUCGCUGGCUGGGUGUGUGAUAUCCCCAGGGUUGUGCUUGAAUGGCUUCGAAUGCAGGGUUAUUUGAAACACGCUGAAAUACAGUGCAUUCCAGUGGUUGAUAUAAUUCGGACACACCUAGCAGCAGCUGAUGAAUAAGUACUGCGAUUCAUUGAGAUAUUUGGUAAUGACCAAUAAACAUGUUUUUUAUUUUAAAUAAUUGUCAGAGGCUUUAUUGGUCUCCCAUAUGCAAAGAUCACAUCAAGCAUUAUAUGAGAAAAAAAAAAAACCCUUUCAAAUGGCAAGGUGACAUUUACAACGUGUGUGUCAAGGUUAUUAGCCUGUGGAGGCUUUUCCAUUCAAUGGGAAAAAAAA